AGCAUUUCCAGAACUCUCGUCAGCGAGGUAGGACUGAACACGCGCGGUUCUUCGUCUACGUCGCGAAUUGCGACUCGCUAAUCGGAGUCGGCUACAUACGUGUUACGCGAUUAUCAGCAUCAACGACAUGAGCUUGAAUGCGGACGACAGCGUGUUACAUGGAGGAGACAAUACAUGAGAGGACUGACAGAAGAACUGAGAACCGGAGUGUCGUGACAGUGAACCGAGAACCCAGAUUGCAAAUCAUGUGCAUGGCAAAUUGAGCAGUGCAGUGAACCCCGACAUUGUCGCGUCUCUCUUGUGAUUGUUGUUAAGCACGACGCUUCGUGAGACGAAAGUCUCAACCACGGCAGCAAAAUUGAGCUGGAGCUGCACCAACGAGCCGCCGGCCACUUUAUGAGAGCCGGCGGCAACAUGUGCGACGGCUCCUUCACGGAAACCUUGCGCACUAUGCAGGGUAUGACGGGAACGUCGCCAACGGCAGGCGCCGGUGUCGGUCCUAUGGGGGUUGGACUCGGUAGCCCACUCGGCCCAGCAGGCAAGAAAGUACAAGCGGAACACAUCAAACGACCGAUGAAUGCCUUCAUGGUCUGGUCACGGUUGCAGCGGCGGAAGAUAGCACAAGAAAAUCCCAAGAUGCACAAUAGCGAGAUCUCCAAGAGACUCGGUGCGGAAUGGAAACUUCUCUCGGAGGAGCAGAAACGUCCCUUCAUCGACCAAGCGAAGAGGUUACGUGCUCAGCACAUGAAGGAACACCCGGAUUACAAAUACAGACCAAGAAGAAAACCCAAGACCUUGCGCAAGGAAGGCUACCCGUACAGUAUUCCAUACCCCAGCGUGCCCAUGGACGCCCUCCGAGCAGGGAUGGCCGGUAGCAUGGGACAGGCAGGGAUGGGCUCCUAUUACAGCCCUGCGGCAGCUUACGGCCCCCUCUCGGCGGCCAGCAUGGCUGCGGCUGCGGCAGCGGCUGCACAACAAUCGGCUGCCGCCAUGUCCGCCGGUCUCGGGGCACCUGCUCAAGUGGUGAGCUCAAUGGACGCCAUGAAAUAUUCGAUGGAGGCUGACAAGUAUCGCUACAUGCCGCCCAGCAGUCUUGCGAUGAGCAUGUACCCGGAUCCCAAGUACCUGGACUCAAGUCCCAAGACCUAUCUGGACCGAAGCUACUUGGACUCGGCGAAGGCGUACUUCGAGCAGUCGAAGCUCUACAUGGAUCAGAAACCGCCCCUCGUCGACUACAACCGACCCAGCUACGAGCCCAACAAGCUCUACGAGGAGUCCAGCCCGGGUAGCGUCGUCGGCGGAAGUGGACCCACAAGGUCACCGGCCGCCGAGUCGCCGGACACGAGCAAGCAGCACGAAAGAGCGGAGCAAGCCUCCUCUAGCGCGAGCUCGACGUCCACGUCAUCGGCCGCGAGUCCUGGAGCAACUCUACCAGCGUACUAUCCCGGACCGGUCCAGGCUGGCGGAUUGUUGGGCCCGCAAAUGGGCCAGUACGGUGGAUAUCAAACGGCACCGGCCCCGGGAAACGAGUCUUUCCGCCGACCAUUGACAGUCAUCUUCUGACCCGAUAGAACAUAGCUCUGAUCCAUCUUCGAGGAACAGUUGCUGUGAACCCGGUCGAGAGUCGUGAGGCGAUCACUACCGUGGAUUCGGCAGAACGACACGACGACGACGCUCUGGCAGAGGACCUGCCCGAGAGAGAAUCUUAGCAGUCAGAGUUCCGGCUGUCAGAAGAUAUCAUCUUUUGUCCGAACGCGGUAAUGGCGCAUCUGAAGAAGAAAGGAGAUGCCGCGGAUCUCAAUGGACUGUCAUGGCUACGGCGGAUAACACGAAAUGAAAGUGGAACGUUGUGUGUGAUAGUGUUUUAGGAAAACGUUCUCUUUAUUUUACUAGAUGGAUACCCUGGAUUCUGCCAAAUUAUCCGACGACGACUAAUAGGUAGUCACCUUCUCAUCGUAUAACGACUACCACUAACUGACGUGCGCCAAUGAUGAAAUCUUUCCGGAGUGUAUCUUUUGUUCGAUGAAAGCGCCAAUUAUAUUUAAGAAAUUAUAAUAUAUGAGCGGGUCAAGCGCAAUAAAUGAAGAUUUCGCGAGAUAACUGACUGAGAGACUUCAAGAAGAUGCUGUGAAGAAGGCAUUAAAAAAAAAAAACGCGCAAUUAAAAAAUACACAUAUGCAAUUUUAGUUGAAGAAGAAAUUAUUUUCGACGUUAUUAUUUUAACAGUUUAUCGUGUGAAAGAAUCGUUGAUCGAUCUGGAAGAAUUUCAUCAGAGGACUAGAGAAAGAAUCAAAUAUUUUCCUGGUGACGGAUAUGAUCAAUAAUGUCGCUGCGCGAGAGCAGGAAGAGCAACCAGACCAACGGACUGUUCCGAAAGGUAAAGCACGACCAACGAUGAUCGUAACAUUGUUGUAGAUCGCAACGAAGACCGAGAGAACUUCCGCUAUGUCGUCGGCUGACUAGUCUUGACCGAGACGUGUUAAGAAUGCAUUGUACAUAGUCCCUGUGUAAAUAGUGUAGCAAAAACUUUGGCUGUUCCGGGUUUCCGCGCGCGAAUCCGCUUUCUUACGUUCUCCAUCCCCACACAAGGGCCGCACGUGUGUGUGUGUGUGCGUGUGUGUGGUCCUUGAAGAGAAAGCAGUACAAAUGGAAUCGUGUGCGUGCGUGGUAUCGGAAACCUAUCGCGAACACUCGAUCAUUAUGAUGGCAUAAUGAUUUAUCUUUUUCUCGUUUGUCUUCAACCCUCAAUUGGUUAAAGAUAUAUAUUUAAUCAUAAGACCGCUAAUAAAAACGUUGAUUGGACCACAUUUGUGUAGGUUAGCACAAAUUUUAGAAAUUAGUUUCGUUAAGUGACUAUAAUUUCGGAUUGAUCAUUAAACGCAUCUGGUGAUGAGUCGGCAAGAAAGAAGGUGAUAAGUCGAGAAGGAAAAAAGUGACCUAUUGUAUUGUGGCAUACUAAGUCAUUUAUGUGUAUUUGCAUAGUGUCUACUUAUAAUUUAAGAAUUAUAAACUGUAUAUAUUGGUAAAUUUCAAAUUUGUUUAUUUACUUUGGUCACAUUACUUUGGUCAACUCGAGUAUCACCAGGUGUGUUUACGAUUCCAGUCAAUGAGAAAAAAUUAUGUGGGUUGGGAAAUUUCGAUAUAUGAAUACUAGUAAAUUUUUCUCCGUGUAAAUUUGCCGCGGAAGAUCGUUCAACUUUUCCACGCGUUUUCUCCAUCGUCAACAUUCUCGAGUAAUGUUGCCCUCUAAGUUUUCUAUCGGUAAAAUUCAAAAUAUUUAUUAAUUUUUUUUUAUUGUACAAAGUAUUGUGUUGUUUUUGUUUAUAUGUAGGUCGAAG